UUGGUAACAUCAGCACCGAGGACAGAGACUGGCCCCAGUAAACAGCUCAGACAGGGUUAGCUUAAGUUUCUCUUGCUCGUUUCCUUGGAGUAGUCUGAAUGUCUGGAAAUAAGGUGAGAUUCUGUAAGGAUGUCUGAAUCCUUUUAGAGGAAUGUUCAAGAAGCUCAACAAUGUGUUCCAUCCCAACCAUCAUGGAAAUAAAGCCGGGCGUAACGGCGGGAUUCAGGAGGACUACCACAAUGCCUGCACGGUCCGACUGGUCCGCAGCACCUCCAUGCUGGUGGUGGGGGAAAAAAGUCGCUCUUCCGAGGGGUCCACUCUGACACGGAGUAAGAGCAGCGUGAGCAUUGAGUCAACUCUGUACUAUUACCAGAGACAAGAAGACAGGAUAUGGCUGUACUCACAGAACCAGAACUGUCUGGAGUACCUGGAGGCUUUGGUGGCUCUGAGAAGACAGUACACUAAGAGUGUAAGUGACUUUAAGAGCAACGAUGCCAAGGCCACAGAGUCUCCAAAGAAGGAACCCACACACCUUCCACCAAAGAUGGAGGAACCGAUAUCAAGAGUCAAACCAUCUGCACCUUUAGUCCCAACAGAAGAGGACACUCUACAGUUCUUUGACAAGGUUAUUGCCAACUGUGACAGCGAACCUCUGCGUAAACCCUACAGGGACAAUGGCCAUGCAGAUGUAGACUUCAUAGUGGCCUCCAGCUCAGCUGAGCAUGACCUGCACUCCAACUGGGUGCUGAGGGUUCCCCGGGUCUCAGACGACUCUGAAGAGAGAGCGGUUCUUAAAUGUGCCAACGAAAGCACCUCAAAGACAAAGAAGAAGAAAAAGCAGCAGACUGGUUCCACAAGCAGCAGACUACAACUUCAGAGGAACCCGAUCCACCUCCCCAAAGUGGUGGAGAGUGCAUUCCAGACCCUGCGCUUCAAGCCCAAAUUAAAAAAGCAUUGAGGCUUGAAUGGACAUUUGAAACCUUUAGCACUGCCAUGACGCCGACAGAGCUCAGCCUAAAAUGUUUCCACAGGCAGUGUUCUCUGAAGUUGGUCUUGCGGGGUGUACAGUGCCUCACAAGUUUUCUUUGAACUUUUUGACAUUUUGUCACACUGCAACCACAAAAUUCUACAUAUUUCAUUUAGAUUCUAUAAAUUAGAUCAACAUAAAGAUUUUUACGAAAAAAUAAAAUAUCAAAAGCCAAUAUUUUACCUUCCUUUGCCAUCACAUCACAUCCAAAGAAAACAACCUCCAUCAGAGGAAACAUAAGAAAAACUUCUGACCUGUGUAUAAAUAAAUAUAGAACAAAUCCAACUGUUCUAUAAAAGCCUCUUUGGCUUUUUAGACAUUAAAGAACACCAUCAUGAAGACUGAGGAACACAGCAUACAGGUCAUGGAUGGAGAAUAGUUUAAAGCAGGGUUACGGUACUAAACAAUAUCCAAAUCUUCGAGCAUGGAAACUAAAAAUACCGAGACAUGACUGUCCACCUAAACAGCCAGGCUGGGCCAAAAGAGCGAAUAAACAGCGAAGGACAUUGUAGCUCUGGAGGGGCUUUAGAUUAACAGCUAAUACCCAAUAAACUGUUAAAGAUAACUAACAAUCUUGCACACUCCACAAAUCUGGUCUUUAUGAAAAAGCUGCAAGAAGUAAGAAAAUGUCUAUGUUCAGUUUUCUAAAAGCAAUUUAUGAGGCAUAUUAAUCCUGUGGAAGAGGGUGUUCUUCUCAAAUUAGAUCAAAACUAAAAUCCAAACUAUACAUGCACU